GUCUAACCUACGUGGCAUGCCACGUGUGCGUGUGCCACGUGCACGAUGAGAUGGGAUUAGUGAGAGGGGCAGGGUGGGUGCCGCAGCUCCUGCACGCCACUACCGUCACUCCCUUCUUGCGCUGCCGCCGCUCCCUCCGUGUGCCAACGCCGCCGUCGCUGCCCCCUCCGUGCGCCGCCGUCGCUCCCACUGCCUGCUGCCCCCUCCCUCCCUCUGCGCAUCAGCGCCGCUGUCAGAAUCCAGACAGCAUUCAGAGGCUUCCUGGCGAAGAAGGCGCUGGUGAAGCUGCAGGCGCUGGUGCGUGGCUUCCUCGUUCGCCGGCAGGCCGCCGCCACGCUGCAGAGCAUGCAGGCGCUCAUCGCGCGCAGGCCACCGUGCGCGCCCACUGCAUCGGCGCCGGCGCCGCCGCCCAUCUCCCUCACAUCCACCACGCUCCCUUUUGGCCCCGCCGCUCGCUGGUACGCCGCUGGCGAAAUCUCGCCGACGACAUCACCAUGUAUAUAUUCGCCGUACUAGUUCUGUUCGAUCUUGACGUUGUGUGUUGGCGAUGGAUGCAGCAGGAGAGGUGCGCCACCGACGAUACGAGGAGCGAGCACGGCGUAGCGGCGUACAGCCGGCGGCUGUCGACGAGCAUCGAGUCGUCGUCGUACGGGUACGACCGGAGCCCCAAGAUCGUGGAGGUGGACAUUGGGAGGCCCAAGUCGCGGUCGUCGUCGUCGCGGCGGGCGAGAUCCCCACUGCUCGACGCCGGGUGCGCGAGCGGCGGCGAGGAGUGGUGCGCCAACUCCAUGUCGUCGCUGCUGCCGUGCUACCUCCCCGGCGGCGCUGCCGCACCGCCGCCCCGCAUCGCCGUCCCGACGUCACGCCACUUCCCGGACUACGACUGGUGCACGCUGGAGAAGGCCCGGCCGGCGACGGUGCAGAGCACGCCGCGCUACGCGCACGCGCCGCCGAAGCAGCGGCCGUAGCCGCGGCUGCCGCUGCUCCUCAUCCCUCCGCGCACCAAAGCCGUCCCUCCCUCCCUUCCGCCAUCUCUGCUGCAUUUGUCGGUCGCCGUGCAGCGUUGUCGUUGUCACUAACCAUGGCGACCGGAUCUGGCGACCUCGCUGUCCUCGUCGCCACCACGGUCCCCCGACAGUCGUGAGGAGAGUGGAGAGACCUCGAGCUCGCCAAUGGAGAGGGGAGAGAGCUCGAGCUUGUUGUCCUCUGCCACACGGAGCUCGACGCUGCCGAUACCGUCGCCCUUCGCCUAGGAGUUCGUUGGGGAGGAGAGAGGUGGCCCGAUCUGCGCAGAGAGAGAGAGAGAGAAAGAGAGAGAGGAAAGGCGAUGCCGCCAGGGAUGAGAGAGGCGGCGCUGCCGCCGGCGGUGAGCGGAGUGGGAGGGGAGGCGUCGGUGGCGUCAGGCCAUCUCCGUCAGUGGGGAAAAGGAGGUGGGGAGGGGAUGAGAGGGGAAUAAGAAGGAAGAAAAAAAAUAAAAAAAGUCUAUGUUAUCGUCCACAUUGCGUGCCACGUAGGCAACACCAUGGUCAAACCAGAUUUUAGACCAGGAUGAUACAAUAAACCAAGUUUAAAGA